UAACACUCUGAGCGCGAGAUCAGCGCUGUUAGAGAGUGAUACAGAGAGUGAGUUAGGGAGUGAGUUAGAGAGUGUUAAGAGGGUGUUAAGAGGGUGUUUGGAGUGUGUUAGGAGUGUGUUCGGGUUCAGGUCUGAGGGGAACGGGUAAUUUAUAUUAACUCGGUAAAUAAUAGAUUAUAGUUAAUAACCGGUAUCGGGGUGAUAUUGGGUAAUUCUCUCAGCAGCGGUUCUGUCAGAGUUUGUAAUCCGGGUCUGAGAGCAUGGUGGGCGGCUGCGCGGCUCUGUGCGGGGCGCUGCUGUGCGUGUCCGGGCUGUGGUUACCGGGAGCGCGGGCGGGCUGUGCGGACCGGGAGUCCCCCGCGUGCUGCACCGGCAGGAAUAACGAGUGCGCGGAGCUCAACCGGAGGAAAACCGCGUGUUACUGCGACUCUUACUGCGAGAAAACCGGAGACUGCUGCGAGGAUUACCGGCAGGUGUGCCAGAUCUCCGCAGCUAUAGACUGUGAGGUGGGUGAGUGGGGUGUUUGGUCUCCGUGUUCGUCUGUGUGCGGUGCGGGGACGACGGAGCGCAGUCGACAGGUGACCACGCCCCCUAGAAACGGAGGAUCACCCUGUCCGGAUCUGAAGCAGCGCCGGGGCUGCCUGGCACACCUGGACACCUGCAGCACUGCCAAGGAGGUGGCCAAAAUCUUGCCUGAUUCGUUCAAGCGCAACUUUAAGGACCCCUGGAGACGACCCCACAUGCUGAUAAAAGAGGAGAGGAAGAGUUACUGUGUGAACAUGCGAGUGAAGCAGGUGAGUGCGGCGUGCAGGAUGAAGGUGUGGAGCUCUCAGAUGGCGCGAGAGCGCUCGGUGUGUGUCGAGUGUCAGAGCGACGCCAUGGCUGCUGAUAACCGCUGCCGGGGAGACGGCUUACAGAGCAUCAGGACUUUCUGGGCGGCGGCUUCAGCGCCGGGAUGUUCGGGGUCCUGGAUCAGAGAGUCCUGGAGCGAGAGCUGCUACUGUCCUGCUCACUCUCUGCUCUUCAUCUAAAACCUGAUUCAGAUCCACCUAAAAACCACAAUCUGCUGAUCUGAGAUCUGAGGGGGAAAAUAUAAUACUCUGAUGUGAAUUUAAACACAAAUAUUAUUUUCAGCACAACAAUCACAUUUUAUAAC